CACAUGCUCUUUGACAAAUACACAUCAAAAAAAAAAAUAAAAAUAACUAAAUUUAUUCUCACAUUUGAAACUAAAAAUAUUGUUUUUAAAAUGCCAUCGAGAAUAAGAAAUUUCAUAAGACAUUACGAUGUGGAAAAAAAUGAAAAUACACGUUAUAAUUAUGAUAAAAAAAAAAUAGCAAUUAUAAUUUUUAUUUUAUUUGUAUGUGUUUUAAUUGCGUUUGGAAUUUUAUUUAAAAUUAAUUCACGUGAUAAUUGUGAAGCGAAAUCCAUGAAAUAUUCAAAAUUUGAAAAUUAUGAUAAUGCUACUGAAAGUCAAGAUGAUUCAAAGACAAGUUUACUUGUUACAUCAAGUAUUAUGGAAGAUUCGUCAAGGCCACAUGUCACAGAUGAAGAUAAUACUGGGACAAUCACAACUGAUAAAGAAACUGAAAGUUAUGAUAGUUUAGAGACCAGUUCACUUAUUACAUCAACUGAAAAUUAUAUCAUAAAAAAAUCAUCAAGUUUUAAUAAUGACGAUGACACUGUGACAACUACAACUGAUAGAGAAUAUAAUAUUACAACACUAAGUUUAACAAAAACUACUGAUCAAGUUGUGGAUUAUAAAUUCUCUAUUACACAAGAUUUAUCAUCAUCAACUGUAAUUUAUGAACAAAGUUCAACUGAGGGUAUUUGAACUGUUAAAAAAAUUAUUGACAACGUCAAUAGAUAAGAUUAUUUUCAAAUAAUCAUUCGUUAUUUUUAUUUUCUAUAUAUAUAUUACUCAUAAUAAACAUAAACCUUCAUUGAUCUGGUGACAUAAAAAGUAUGAAAAUUUUUUGAUUAAUUCCAGGUGUUUAAUUUAGAUGAUUAUAAAAUAGCUGAUUUUUAUAGAAAAUUAAAAGGAUCAUGUUACUCGUCAAUAAAAUUUUACACACAAAAAAGACUGGUACUUUCUGCCACAAUAUUCUUAACAAACUAAUUUCAUUUCUUUGUUUAAAAAUUUUAAAUCAAUAGUUUUUAUUAAUUUUUUUUGUCAAAACAGAAAUAUUUUGAACAAGACCAUACGGAAAAUGACAUCACUUUGGUAUAUACCCAAGCACUCAAGUCACAGAGCAAAUACAAUUCAAGAUGAUAUUUGCAAACAAUUUAAUUUUUCUAUAAUGUGUUUAUAAAUUUAUUGUAAAUACGUAUGGAUAAAUGUAUAAUACAAAUUUUUUUUAUAAAAUUUAACAUGAAUGUACAUAAAUAAUAUCUUCAUCGAUUAUAAAAGUUAUUAUCAAAAUCAAUACCACUAGAUUGCAAUUACUCCAACACUAUUUAUGAACAAUGAAAAUUUUUCUAAUUACAUGUGGUAACUCAUAAUUAAUAUAACUUUUUUGUUUUAUUUUAUUUCGAUAAUAAAAUUAUAAUUUUGAAUGUUGCUAUAAUAUAUUUCCUGUAGGAACGGCGGAGAGAGAACACUCCUCACAGCAGGAUCAGUUGUGUUUGUCAGGUGCACAAUGUUUUAUAUUUCCUGUAUAGUUAACAAAAAAAAUUAGAGAAUAAAUCUGAAUAAAAUCUAAAAACAAAAAAUAAUU